CUUGACCUAACCUCUUGGUACCCAUCCGGGGCUUGCUGUUUUUUCGUGUUCCAUUCUCCAAACCAAACGACCUCCUUCAAAGCAAUUUAAUUGGAUGCGACAAAUUACUACUGACUGGUGGCCAACACAAUCCCAAACAUCAAGUCAAAGAGUAGAAAUGAGGAGAGGAUAUCCAGGUCACGACGAACAACUGAAACAAAAGAAAAUGAAGAGUCCCGCAGACGUCACUGUAGAAGAUCUUCACCCUGAGAAGCACAAUCCCGUCCACGUUAAACAGAAGGAGGAGCCUAACAUGCCUUUGAUCAAACAGGAGGCAGAGCCAGAGACCUCUGACAUCAAAGAAGAAAAACGGGAAAUUGAAAUCCUCAAUUUUCCAAUGGGUGUCGGUGUGAAGAGCGAAGAAGACGAAGGACCAAGCGAAGAGAGCGGAGCAGCGAACCCUUUGAGCGACAGCUCAUUUCAGCACCAGACAACAAAAGGAGAGCAACCGGACGGCCUCUUAGCUCCGCUUUCGGACAGCGAUGACUUAACGUCACAUUCUUCUGACUUUAAUACUGAUGAGGAGGAGGAGGAUGACUUUGACCAAAACGCUUCAAAAUCCUUAGACAAGUCAUCAUUUAAAAGAGACGCAAUGGAAGGCGUGGUUGUGAAAAGUUUUCCCUGCUCACUUUGUGAUAAAAUAUUUCCUUGGAAAUGCUCCUUAAAGGCACACAUGCGUAGACACACUGGAGAGAAGCCUUUUGCCUGCACACUUUGUGAUAAAAAAUUCUUCAAGAAGGCAGAUUUUAACCUUCACACAAGAACACACACUGGAGAGAAGCCUUUUGCCUGCACACUUUGCGAUAAAAGAUAUUUCGAUAGCAGUGGUUUAAAGAGACACACAAGAACACACACUGGAGAGAAGCCUUUUGCCUGCACACUUUGUGGUAAAAGUUUCACAUAUCAGCGACAUUUAAACAUUCACACAAGAACCCACACUGGAGAGAAACCUUUUGCCUGCACAUUUUGUGGUAAAAGAUGCACCCAUAAAGGAGGUUUAAAUUAUCACAUAAGAACACACACCGGAGAGAAGCCUUAUGCCUGCACACUUUGUGAUAAAAAAUACUCCACGAAGGCAAAUUUAAACUAUCACACAAGAACACACACUGGAGAGAAGCCUUAUACCUGCACACUUUGUGAUAAAAAAUACUCCACAAAGGAAAAUUUAAACUAUCACACAAGAACACACACUGGAGAAAAGCCGUUUCCAUGCUCACUUUGCGGUAAACGAUUUGCUCAGAAAGGACAUUUAGUAAGCCACGCAAGUAGCCACACUGAGAAAAAAACCUUUGAAUUCUAGCAUGUGACAAAAUAUUCUGAUUCCUGCAUUUACAAUAGAAAAAGCAUUUCAAUUUCAUUAUUCGGUUUCUCACGAGCCUCUUUUGAAAAAGUUGUUCAUGAUUUUUCAGGUGCUGUUCUUUUUUACAACUAUCCAAUUCAUUUAUGGCGGAACACACAGACAAGGUUGAAAUGGCAGUUUCUGCUCUUGCACCCCUCUUUAAAAUAAACUGCUGUAUUUUAAGCCAAAACAACUGUUGUGUUUGAUAGAACAAUAUGUCUAUAUGCUGCCAUAGUAGAAUCAUGGCGCAUUAAGCCCCUGAACUAUUUUUAAUACUGUAUGUCCGUUUUACCCUGGAAACCCCCGUUUACAGAUGUCGUGCAACCGCUUUUGUUUCAACCCAGCCAAAAAAAGAAGGCAGGUAAGUAGAUUUAUUGUUCGAAAUGUCUGUCAUUUUUAGCUGAGAAUCAAUUGAUGUCUAAUGUUUAGUAAAAAAAA